AUGUCGAAUGCACACCCAACUGUUUUGCUUUUGCAUCCUUCUCAACCCCUUUCUCAUGUUAGCCAGCUCAUUCGGUCAUCUCUACCCUCGACAUCCCCUACAACAACUAUAUCAUUCAGAGGUGUAUCUAUGCCAGGAAGGCGCCCAUUCCAGUGGUCGGACUCGACGGAGCUAGGAGACUUUCUGAGAGACGCUGCUCGCUCAUCGGAAUUUACCAUAUGUUUCACAGAACCCACAGAUAACUCGCAUAUCCAUCUUUCUAGUGACCCUAUUCGUACCCCUAAUGAUAAUGGUCACAAAUUGGAAAACCAUUCUUCUUCAAAAUCAAGCUCUUCACAAUCCAAUAUGGUUAUCUCAAUACCCUCAUUUAAGGAUCGAACCCGCUUUCUCCGAACGCGCCUUGACCAGAUUCAACGUCAGCUUGGUGAGAUGGAAAGCCUCAAGGCUCAAUGCGACCAUGAGGCUCACCGCGGUGCACGGCGGAUGGCGCUUGGCGGAUUUGGCACGUUGGUAGCAUACUGGGCAGGCGUUUGUCGCCUCACAUUCUGGGACUAUGGAUGGGAUAUCAUGGAACCAAUCACAUACCUCUCCGGUCUAUCUACCGUCAUACUAGGAUAUCUGUGGUUUCUGUAUCAAGGUCGUGAAGUUUCAUAUACGUCCGUUCUCGCACGGAGUAUAUCCAAACGACGCGAAACUCUGUAUAAAUCCCACGGACUCGACAUUGAACGCUGGUAUGAACUCGUUGACGAGCGAAAAUCGCUCCGUGCGACAAUCAAUCGAAUCGCACAGGACUAUGAAGGCGGAGAGAUAGAGGACGCGUCCGAUUCCAACAAAUCUCCAGAAAGUAUUCCUGUCGAACUUCAAGAAGUUAUUGACAAACCGCUCAUAGCUUCUGAAGAAACUGCCGAGUCAUCGAAAGAUGCUCUCUCGCAUGCACACGAGGAUACACAACUGGAUCAUUCUCAGGACAGGAAAUCUAACGAAAGGACCGUUGACAGUCCCUCAGAAGAAUCAGAGAACAAAGGCCCUUCCACCAGCAAGUCAGACCGUUAA